AUGGCCGAUAGAAACGCUAGAAUUGAUGCUCAGUUGAGGAAUUUAGUCCGAGUGACUACGAAUUUAGCUAGAAGAGGUCCUUCGAAGAAGAAGUCUGUUGAUUGGUUUAAGAGGGUUAGUGAUAGUAAACCGCCUUCUUAUGAUGGGAAGGGUGAUCCUGUUAAGCUUGAGAACUGGGUUAGGGAUUUCGAGAAGCUAUUCGAUGCUAUCCAAUGUCCAGAUAAUAGGAAAGUAGCUAUAGCUGCAUAUUACCUCAAGGAGGAAGCUGACUUUUGGUGGUCGCAGCAUAAGGAGACGUUAAUGGCGAGGCCUGACUUUGAUUGGAAGGCUUUUGGAGUAGCUAUGAAGGAGAAAUUUUAUCCCAAUUUCUUGAGGAGGCAAAAGGCCACUGAGUUUGAUGAGUUGAAGCAAGGUGACAUGACUGUGGAGCAGUACUAUGAGAAGUUUGUAGGAUUGAUGAAGUUUGCUCCAGAGACCUUAGAGGAAGUGUAUGAUAGAGCUGCUCAUUUAGGUUCCUAUUUGAAACAAGCUGGAGUUGAGAGCUCAAACAACAAGAGGAAGGAAAAUCCUAGUCAGAAUUUCCAGAGGAACGACAAGAAGUUCAAGCCUCAAAAUAACUUUCACCAAGGAGGACAAUCUAAUGGCCAAAGGAAUGGAGGCCAGUUUCAACCACAAAAAGGUGGAAAUGGUUCUAAUAAGGGAAAGAAAGGAGACGAACGAGUGUAUUUCUAUAAGAGGUGCCCAUACAAUCAUCCUGGAAAGGAUUGUGAAGGAAAGCUGGUGGAGUGUAACUAUUGUCACAAAUUGGGUCACCGAGAGUAUGAGUGCUUCUCCAAGAACCCUGAGUUGAAGACCGACAAGGGCAAGAGCGGAAACCAGUUUGGUCAGGGUAAUCGAAACCAGUCAGGAGGCAACAACUAUCAAGGUGGGAACAAGCAAAAUGGGAACAACAAGAUCGUUUCGAGUGGAGCUGGUCCUAGUGUGCCUGCAGUGGCAAGGUUGAAUGUCAUAAGUGCUAGAGAAGCUGAGACGUCUAAGGACGUAGUUACGGGUAAUGUUUCUAUUAAUUCCACUUUUGUUAAAGCUUUAUUUGAUUCAGGAGCCGAACGUUCGUUUGUUUCAAAGUUAGUUGUUUUAAAAUAUGGCUUAGAAAACCCUAAGGAUGUUGAGAUUCCUAUUAUGUUACCAUCUGGGGAAGUAGUAACUUGCUCAAGAGUAUAUGAGAACGUCCUUGUGAGAAUUGGGGAUGUAGACUUUGAAACCAACCUCAUAGAAUUUCCAUUGGAAGACUUGGAGAUCAUUUUAGGAAUGGAUUGGCUUAAGGAGUAUAAAGCCGAGAUUUUUAGGUUGGAAGAAGAGAAGCUUAAGAUAGAGCAUGUGAAAGUGGUGAAUGAGUUUCCAGACGUAUUUCCGGAAGAUAUACCGGGAAUGCCACCUCAAAGGGAGUUAGAAUUCACCAUAGACUUAGUUCCUGGAACUGCCCCUAUAUCAAAAGCACCCUAUAGAAUGGCUCCAGCAGAGAUGAAGGAGUCAACAAGCAACUAG